CAGGACACAGGACCGGUUUUUACUACAGCUGCUGGUGGUUAUCUGUGAAUACCGGCGUUUUUCCGAUCGAAGAACUUCAUUAGUUUUUUAUCACAAACUUCCCAAUGACCAACAAAACGACCCCUCUGCUCCUCAGGGCGCUGCUGGAGAUGUCUGAGGUCCACUCUUCGAAGUUAAUGCGGGGAAACACGAGAAGAACAAAUUUCAGACACUUGGGUUCAUGUGGCAUCCUGGCUGAAAGGAGGGCCAGCCUCAGCCUCUGCCCCACCACCCCUUUGAGCACACCCAGCCGAAGCUUCAUCAACCUGGCUGCUUCCAUCAGCAACCGCAGGAUGGAGUACACAGAGUGCCGGACAUUAGAGUACACUACAGAGCAGAUGUACAGUGUGGUGUCCAGUGUGGACCAGUACCAGCACUUCGUUCCCUGGUGCAAGAAGUCUCGAGUUAUGAGGGGACAAAACGGGGGCAUCCGAGCAGAGCUUGAAAUAGGUUUUCCUCCAAUUGUUGAGCGAUACAUCUCUGAGAUCACCGUUGUUCCAAACCACCAAGUCAGAGCUGUGUGCACUGAUGGAUCCCUCUUCAGUCAUCUUGAAACAAUAUGGAGGUUUGCCCCUGGAGCCACAGACCGACCAGACUCCUGCAAAGUGGAAUUCUCUGUGUCAUUUGAGUUCAAGUCUCUUCUGCACUCUCAGCUUGCCAGUGUGUUCUUUGAUGAAGUGGUUAAGCAGAUGGUCAGUGCCUUUGAGUCACGGGCGGCGACACUUUACAGGAAUCAGCAUGAGGCACCACGGAGGAGGCAAUCAUCUUGAGGCCAUGUCUUUGACUAUCUCUCCGUUCACAACCACUUGGACUUAACCAAACUCUGACAUGCUGCUGCUUUACCUCGAUCAACCCUUGUCUUGUGCAGAAGACUGGAACUUGUUUUUGCACACACUUGUAUUUUAUCCUUGAACUAAAAUGCAAGUAGAAUAGACUUUAUUUAUUUUGAAGUCACCAAUUUAUUUACUUUAUGUGCAUAUAUUUAUUUUGUGGAUUGGAAUAAAGACAUGAUUUUAAACAA